GGCAGCGUCAACGUCGAUCAAAAUUUUUAUAACCGAGGAACAGGGGUUGGGGGGGCAGGAGCCGGCUUGGCAUCUCCUGCUGGUACAACUAUGGGAGGAAGCCAUGGUCGUGGUGUACUGCCUGCUUCUUCCUCCUCUUCCGCAAGAAACGUCGGGCCGCUGGGGUUGCCGCAAAAUCCGAGGCGGUCGGCUGCUACCGUAGCGUCCCAACAGCCGCCGCCGCGGGGGUGCUCUUUCGGGGAAAUAGACGGGGGAGAAAUCAGUGCGAUCUUGCCGGCACCUUCGAUGGAUGGGUAUUUCAACACGUCGAACAACCUCGUUCACUCGGAGAACGGCGAACAAAGUUCUUUGUUCGGAACAACCAUGCUGAAUGGCGCGGCCAAUCUGCAGCAACCAGGAGCAGCACCUCCGCGCAGAAACAUCAAUCCUAAUGCCGCACUAGUGCCAUCUAGUACCGCAGCCUCCUCGCUCCGCAGGUCACCGCAAUUGCAACAAAAUCAAAAUGGAGCAGGAGGGCAACAGGAGCAACAAGAGAUCAUAGCACACCAACAGCGGGGAAGAACCACGAGCAAUGACAACAACAUGCUGAUUUGCCCCGAGAUCCUCUCGGGGGAUGCUCGGACAUCGCACGCCUCCACGGCCCUCCGGCCAGAAACUUUACCCUUCGUGGCCGCCGUGCCCACGACGAGUCUGCGCGGAGGCAACAACCAAAUUGUCCCCCUUUCCAACGAAAGUGGGUCGGGCGGGUCCGGAGGGCAACAGCAAGACCAGUACCGGGUGAAUCCUAUUCUGGUGAAUCCCGUCAACCGGCAGCACGACUCCUUGACCAAGGAGGCCGUUUUCAUGAUCGCAAAGGAAGCGGAAAUUGAGGACUUGCCGCCGGAAUUUCUCUACGACGAACCCGAUGUGUACAAAAUCAUUUGCCAGGACAAGCGACCCGCCUACAUCUACUUCGAGGCGAAGUGCCGGCUGUGCGACAAACUUUGUUGGCCGGAAGACACGCGAGGCAACACGCACCUGGACUCCCACAACCACAAAAGGCAAUACGCGUACUGGAAAGCGCGACGCCGCGGCAUCGAGGGGCAGAGAAAGGGGCAAGAGGUAUACAGUGUGCGAGGAAGUAGGGUUUAGAAUUUAGGAUUACUUAACUUAAUCCUAAUAAGUACUAAAAAAUCUGAACUUUAUGUUCUGCUGCUCUGCUCCUGUGGUUAGUCUUAGUCUCAGUCUUGUUUAGAGGGUGUCGUCAAUCUGUAAACGAACAAACACCUCCUUUCUCUGUGAACGAAACAAGGCAUUUACUUUUGCGUCAACAUGAACUCGUACCAAAAUCAAAAGAAACCUAAACAGUUGCUGGCCCUGGAGAUUUCGAAGUUAGAUGCGAUUGGCGGGAAUAACACUUCGGCCCUGAGCAGUUCCAGUGCCAUAAUCCAACCGGAGGAGCUUUCUUUCUUAGGCCCUGGAGGCGCGCCCGCCCUGGGCGGCGGACAUCAACAAUUAGCUGCCACAGCAUUUUCCGGAAGUAGAACAAAGCCGCCGAAGAUGACGGAAUCCAUGGCCCGCUACUUUCAAAGUAUCGACGACUCCGUUGCGGCUGCGCCGGACGCGACGCGGGAGAUAUGCGUUGCAAAUAUGUCUGGGUCUGGAAGAGUGCGAACUUGUGAUGCGCAUUUCACAACACUGACAAAUCUCUCAUGCAUAGGCAGCAAAAGGUGCCCAUUUCCUGUCACCAAAAUGGGGGAUUUGUCAUGCAGAUUAAGCAAUGCGGAUGCUUCUCGAGUUCUGUGAUGCUAGGGCUUCCAUGACAGACAUUCUGUGUCAUGCAAAAACAGCAUGAAGGCCAGACAUUUUUGCAUUUGAUAGGAGAGUGUGAUCGACGAAAGCGCAAGUUCCGAACACACUAGGACCUCGCGGGUCAAGAGGGCGUCGCGGCGGGAACAUGACAAGAGCGGUCGUGAUAACGGUGGUCGUGGUCAGAAUAAGAACAAGAUAUCCCGUGCAAAAGUAUCGUACUCGUAGUAAUCGCAUUUAUGCAUUACAAGUCUCUUUCUCCAGGUAAAUCAGCAUUACAAAUUUAAUUUGUAAUGCUGGUGGAAUUUGUAAUGCAAUUUAUACUAGUACGAUGCUUUUGCACUGCAUACAAGAACGUGACGAGCAGUAGACCGCCGCCCUCUUCCUCCGCCGCGUCCGCUUGUACUUCGAGGUAUGAUCCAGGCGGCACCAUUGAUCCUCGUGUGCCAGGACAACAACAGGGCCAACGGCAGCAGCACAGUGGCCGUUCAACUACUUCGAGAGCAAAUCCCUUGCUAAACGCCUCCUGCCACUCUUCCUCCACUACCGGUGGAAAUGGCCGGGGCAUGAAAACGUUGACGCAGUCCAUGCUGGAAGAAUCGGCUUCUGCGCACCUCCCGGCGCGGCACGUGGCGCAGCUGCAGCAGGAUUUUUCGAACCUAGAGUGGGACGCGGCUGUGGCGGCGCAGGACCCGGUGCCCCCAGGCUUCCUCGAGGCGCACAAGGAUAUCCAUUGCAAAAGUGUCUGGGUCUGGAAUAAUGUAGGACUUGUCAUGCCUGUCUGGCAUGAUUCUUAGAUCUGUGAUGCGUAAGCAGGAACGGGGCCUCUUGCCUGUCAUGCGAAAACGCAGUUUGCCUUUGCCAUGCGGAAAACGAAACACAUGGCAGUGCAAAAACUUGUCAUGCCUGGCUGCAUAUUGUAGUUCGCCUACCAUUCAGAGAUUUGCAUCACAAGUUUCCAGACCCAGACACUUUUGCAUUUGAUAAAGGAGGCGAAAACGCCCAUUGAAAAAUGGAACAUGUUUUCCCCCUACAACUUCCUCCGCCGGACCUACAACGAGAAAGCCUCCGCGGUGUUGGGACGUACUUUUUUUCUGUUUCAUUUCACUUUGCUUGAUGUUCAGCUUUUGGGGGUCCUUGUUACAGGAAAAAAUCUGAUUGCGAAGUUUAGUUUGUUGACCUCUGGGGCUUUUCGUAGGUGACACGACAGCCUUAGAUGAACGCAGGCCGCAGCUCGAGGACAUGAAAUUGCCUCCAUUAAUCCUGUCACACAUCAACACAGGCGACAUGGACGAGGAGAUCUACCAAGCGGAAGAGGUGAUGCAGGAUUGCAGCCUUCUUGGCGCGCAGACCGGGCCUCUGCUCUGCAUGGGCAAGAACGUCCCCACCGACCGGGGCCGCUUCGCCUCCGUAUCAGAUGUAAAAAUGUCUGGGUCUGGAAGAUUACAACUUGUCAUGCUAAAUCCGAAUGAUGCAAAAAUCUGUGUUGCGUGAGUACCAAAAGCUGUCCGCUUUUGACCAAGUUGAGAGGGAGUUUCUCAUGCAGGAAAGGCAUGAUAGAGACCUCACAAAAUCUGUCAUGCUGGGUCUCGCAUUCCAGACCCCAUGGGUCAUGGAAAACCUGCAUCAGAAAUCUUGCAUUCUUCCAGACCCAGACAUUUUUACAUUUGAUACUCCGGGGCCAGCACCUACUGCAGCCAGAAAUCGCACCGGAUCGCGAAAACCGACUUGAGUCAGCUCUCCAGGAUGGGCCCGGGUCCGGGGAGGCCGAAGGACAACUCCGCGAAGUACGGACCGGCCUACCCGAGGCUGUACAGUGAUCGCGAAAGCAUUUACAGCAGUGUGACCACGAGCAACAACUCGGUGAUCAACAAGUCCGGACGGGUGAGCAAAGUGUGGCAGGACCACCAGGCAAUCGAGAAACUCGCGAAGCGGCAGCCGGGCGCGGACGCGUUUCUGGCGCGGUGGACCUACUGGAAUCAGUGCGCGGGCAUUCCCAACCGGCAGCUCCCCUACGAGUGGGUGAUCUUACUGCCCGGCAAGUCCCUGAAGGACUGCUCGAACGGGUAUGCGUUGCGCUGCCUGCUCUGCGAAGCGUCCCCGCAGGACCCGUGCACCAAAGGGGUGAACCACACGGAUGACGGACCCGGGUAUCACCUGAAACGGCUGAAGGAUUACAUCUCGGCCAGGGACGACGUCCGGAGACGGCGGUGGGAGGCCAUCCGGGAAUACAGUCUGCCCUACUGGCAACAACGUACUUGUUGUUGUUAGUUUAUUUCUUGCGCAGUAAUUGAAAUAUCAUAUCAAUAUCAAUGCGAAGGAGGAUGGAACUGUUCUCCUUCUUUUGAAGCUCCGAAGGCACAGAGCUUCAGUUCGUGUAACAUUGUUUUACCGAAUUUUCUACCUAAGGUAAGUAAGUAUCGUGUUUCAAAAAGAAAAAGACAAUCUACCUCCAUGUCAGAUUGGGACACGGACGAGAUCGCGCGUCUGCGUUCCGAGGGGCACUUCUCCGUUUACGCCACUUUGUGGCCGGAGGAACAGUUUGCGGUCCGGACCGCACUAAUGUACGGCUGGAAGAUGAUCACCGAGGACUACUUGCCCAACGGAAAAUACUCUUCCGAGCAGAUUCUGAAGCAGCAAUUCAGUUACGGGGAGGAACAUUUGGAAGCCAUGUUCCAAAUCUACCACGAGAUUACCUUCGGGAAGCCGAACGCGUGGGAGAAAUUCGUGACAGAGUCGGACAAGAUGACGGAUGCGGACUCGGAAAGAGAGGAGAACGUAGAGGCAAUCAACGUUAUGCUGGAAGAAAUGGAACAGGAAAAAAAUCAGCGCCGGGGGAAUUACAAUCCUGAUGGCGGGGAGGCACAUGCAUCAAGAAGAAACCAAGCCGCGGCUGCCUCCACGACGGCCGGGCGGGAAAGAGUUCCUAGGUCGAGAAGAAGUGGUAAAGAAAACCCCCGCGGGGCUGUCUUGGAGCACGUUCCCUUCGGGGGUGACACAAAUGUUGUAGCUAAUGACGAUUUUACACUGCCGGAGACAACAAGUCGGGCACCCGGGCAGGAGACAGACGUCGCGACUGAAAAGCAAAAGCACAGAAGGGAUGAAAAGAAGGAGAAGAAGUCAAAGAGCGAAAAGCACCGAACGAAGGAAGGACGAGAGGCAGGUUAUGGUGAGAGAGAACAAGCAAGGGAGCAUAUCGCAGAGACAUCUUCAAUGAGGCGGACACUUGACGUGGACGACAGAAACGACGAGAGACGCGCACCGGCGCGGAGAAGAUCUGAGGAUCCUCGGGAGAUGAACAAGAAUCUCGUUCCGGCCACCAUGCCUGCAGCUCCGGGACAAGAAAAUCAUGAUCUCCGCCCUCAAGAAGAUCUUGAUCUAGCACACAACGGUGAAGAUGAUAGUCGACAAAAUCAAAAGUCUGAAGUGGAUAGCACCUCCUCUCCGAUGAAACGGAAGUUGAAGAAGGAGAAAAAAGAUAAAAAAUCCAAGAAAGACAAGAAAUACGAGCGAAGGCGAAAGGACGAAGACGACGAGGAAGUCCACGGCAACCGGCAUGCUGGACCGGAAAGUGACCGCACAAGCAGGGCCAGGAACGAUCACGAUGCUUUGGAAUCAAAGAAGAAGAUGAAAAAAGAAAAGAAAACCCGCGCGACUUCAUGCGAGCGGUGUGAGGUUGACCACUUUUCGGAUGAGGGGCCUAGCGCUUCUACUGCUCCGCAGGUUCAUCUUCGGGAACCAACAAAUAGGGCGGGAAAGAACGUGUUAAGCAGAGACAAAUCCAAGAGCACGAUGCGCCGGGUUUCCGUGGAGUCCUCCGAGAGGUCUCUUGGGUCGGUUGGGGGAGGAUGAACAGGGGGGAGGUUUGGGUUUGAGGACUGUGCAUCUACCUAGAAGAACAAGAAUUGCGAGAGCCACAGCUACUGCUUUUACUGCAGGUCUCGGGUACAUUGCAUUCACCGGUCGUGUCCUGUGAAUUUGACAAUACAUGUACAAAAGUAGACGCUCACCGCAGAUCACGUAAGAUGAAUAGGCAAUUUAUAUGCGUCGCGUAGCGAUUAUAUCAGUUCACAUGAUCAAGCAAGAGGGCUGCACACUCCGACACCGGGCUGGCUGCCCGGUGUCGACCAGCUUCGGCUGGGUCUCUGUCCUUUUUCCAGAAAUACCGCAUUGUCUUGGCUCGCCUAGAUUUUGCGUUUUUUCGUCUCUUCGGUUCUCGGAGAGUGGAUAUUUGACGGAGGAGUGUCUCGAUGAGAAAGCGAGGCGUACUUGUGCGCCUCAGGCCUUCGCUCUGGUUCUGCUUCGCAGUUCCGCCUUGUCGUUUCCGGCGCUGCCGAUCCUUAGCGUGGAUCAAUGCAGUGUGCGGCAAGCAAAGAGCUCCGGUGGUCCCGUUGCCAUUGAGCUGCCCAAGCCAUGGGCAGGUCAGAACAGACGGCGUGCGCCUUGCCGUGUGCACGUAGCUCGGCCCUACCGCCGAGCGCCAGGGCAUUAUCCUGACAGGGGGUGAUGUCCCGGUGGGAAGGAAGUUGUUGUGCAGCUCUCACAGUGCGGAGAGAGAGUUCGCGUUCUUCGACUACCCUCCAGGCUAUCUCCGUUCAGUGGUACACACACGUCGAUGACGCGCUCUCGGUUCUCGCGAGCACCACUGGCCGGGGAGUGGAGAACCCGACUGCCCACGAUGUGGGUGUAGCAGAGGUUCUUCACGCCGUUAGGGGCACAGGCCCGGCGUUAUCUUGGCCUAUUGGCCAGGCCCGCUAUCGGCAAGACACAUCGGAAAACAGCGCAGCUUCGUCUGCGGCCUGCCGCUCUGUGUGUCGCGGGCGCUUCGCGAUUCUGCUUGUCGAUGCACGCCGCGAUGCGGCAGACAUGCAGUAGCAAGGCGCUCGUCUGUCGUAAAUGGAUUCGCGCGAGCGGGGGCGCCGCGGUCCAUUACGAUGGGAAGGCCUCACUGAAGGCUGUGAAAUAGCCACUGGUAUCCUACUAGGGCGAUGCCCGCAAGGUCCCUGUCACAGGGGUCCGGGGCCAGUGUAGCGGCAACCUACCGCAGCCGGCAAAAGAUCGCGCCGACGGUCAUAAGCCGGGGCUAAGUACAGACAGACACACAGGAACACGAGGCAAAAAACAAGGCACCCCCGCGCCAUGUAUUUAGCCCCUGCCAAUGGCAGGGGCCGCCCGAUGGGCCGCAUCACAUACACACUACGAUCUGACUACAAAUAGAGUCACCGAAACGAAACGCAAUGGUCUGCGUGCCCGAUGGGCACGCAGAUAUAUUAAGUACCAGGGCCAGCCCUCACACCACACCGCCCAGCACCCUGGACGCGCAACCCCACAGCCCCGCAGGCGCGGCGGUUUGUAGCAGUGGGUCGCAUGCCUGGGGCGCAGGUUAUUGCUGGUGUGUGCCUUCGCCUGCGCGUGUGACUUCGAUGACGUCGCCUGCGGGUGCUGGGGUGGGGUUGGGCGUCCGCGACGUCGUUGUUGCUGCUCUUCGGAGCUCGUGACGCCUUCGUUGCAGCUUCCACAUGGAUGCUUGCUUACAUCUUGCAGGGCAUGUUGUAGGUAGCACUUCGUGUGGAAGUAUCAGGUGUGCUGACACGGAAGGAGAGCUGAGGAGCGUGGCCUAUCGGCUUCGCGACUCCGUCCUUCGCUCCUCGGCGUCGGUCCGCCGGUGUUGAUUGCUUGAAUGCAGUCGACGCAGUCGAGGGGUUCAGCGGUUGGUGUGGGGGCGAGAGGGAGCGCUGCAUAGAUGCUCUUUUGCUUCUGUGAACAGGUUCGUUCUUCUCCUGCUUCGGGGUCUCCCAGGAGAUCCUGACUCAUCCAACGGGCCUGGGGACGCUUUUGUGGCCUUUGCGAAAUUUAAACGAAACACAGCUACGACAGAUAGCGUCUACUUACCGAGACGCGUGGUCGGUCGCGCAGUGCUUUGUGCUGCUUCCGCCACGAGAGGAGACCGCGGAACCCUCCCGGGCCUUACUUAUUUAGUCACAUUUGGGAGCACGCCCCCACUAUCCUCACCCGGUUCCCGGGUUGUGUCGCGGGGAUAUGUCCCGGCACGAUUCCACAAGCCUCGCUACUUUGCUACGCCGCCCCGUGCGCCCUGCUCUCUGUCCCCGACAGUGCGGGCUGCCCCCUUUGUUUAGUCGCAUUUGGGGAAGAUAUUCGGCGGUCCCAGUCGCGUCUCGCGGCUUGGGCCACCUCUAUGUCCGGGGCAUGGCUCUGUGGGGGUCGAGAGCCUGGCUUGCAUGGCCUGCUACCCGUAGCUCGUUGUGCCGGCCGGGUUCUCUCUUGGCUGCCAUUGUGACUGUCGCUCGAGGUCUUGCGACUAUCACUGCGACGCGCUUCUGCACGUCAUUCGCUUCCGUUGGUUGCGCGCGCGUUCACUCUAUGGGUGAAUUGCGCAGAGAAGGUGAAAUUAUAUACGGAGAACUUUUUUCAUCGAUUUCCCAUAGAAUCUUUCUAGUGUUGAUAAAUGUGUUGAAAGUAGAUGGCGCUCCAGACAUAGGAUUCAUUCCACUUGGUUUUCAAACACGAAGUUGGCACCAGGGAGCCGUAUGAGCAGUGAAAGUCAUUUUAUUCAUGUAUCGCGCGAACUGAAAAUUGAAAAUAUAUGAAACGCAUUGUAAGUAAUUUGCGCAAGAUAAAGCACUAACCCAUUCAUAUUGUAUCGAAUAGAAGCCAGACCCAGAAGAACAUAUGAAAAACACGAUUGCCGCAGGAGCGCA